AUGAAUGGAAACGUAAAACUGGUAAAUGGUGCGUUAGUACUGGAUGGUGUAUUAUUGGAGGUAAUGGGCAAAAAUGAUGGGUACGCGAUGCAAGUAUCAACCUCCUCUAUUUUUAGUCUACAAGAACAUUCUGUGUUUUCACUAACAAACUCAUCCAUUAUCAGUGAUGCCAAAGGUAUUUUCUUUGGAAACUCAUUUACCCUCACGGACUCUAUCUUGCGCCUCGCACGUGUUGACGGCCGUGUUUCCUCCGGCCCUCUGCUCAAUUUCGGCAGUGGAAGCGUUAUCUCUACUCAUGGAUGGUUGGAUUUGCAUAAUGUGAUGUCAACAGGGGACUCCACAGCGUCCAUUGCGUCCCUCUCGCAGGUGAAACUCGCCGGUGGUGUACUCUCAAUUGCACGCAGUGCUGCCGUUGGCGCUACUCUCCUCACUGGGCCUCAUGUUCAGAGUGGAAAGAUCUCUGUCCAGUGUAAUCGCGCCAACGGCAAGUUACUACAGAGUCCUGAGGAAUACCGUUCUGCUGGUCUCUCCGCUGUGGAGGUUGUGCCAUGCGACAGUUGUGCGAGAGAGUUAAGUUGUUUCGCAGGGCUGACAUCAUCCAUGCCGAACUGCGCGUGUAGAUGUUCCCCUGGCGGUGUUGGCCCGUCAUGUUUGCCAAUGGAUGUGCCUCUCGCAAAGGCUGACAAGAAAGAAAAAGAAUGUAUGCGGGGUGUUGCAGUUACAAAAUCCAUGACCAUUGGACAAGGACAAUCAAAUGUGUGUUUUGAGGCCGUUGCGUUUAGCGGACCGAUCAUCGUAACAGUGGAUUUACGAUCUAUGAAUACACUCGCUAAAACACUUGAUGUGACUCUGCAGCGUUGUAUGCUUGCAGGUGGCGCACAGUUGCGAAUUCGGGGAUUUGAUAAAGAUAUUGCAAAAAUGAUGCCACGUGUUUCUUUAAGUGUGACGAACAUGACAUCUACAGAAGGUACCAUUGUAUUACAAGGUGUACUGCCUGAAAUGUCGAGUGUCCUUUUGGCAGACUCCAUGUUAAGCUCAUCCGUUAAUGAAUCUAAGUAUGUGAUAACGAGUUCCGGUAAUAAAAGUAUAAAAUACAGUCCUGUGCUUGUCUUGGAUGGUGUCAAAUUUGUCUCGACAAAUUUUGUUCUCACACGCACAACAAUGAUGUGUGCAGGAUCCUCCUGUGCUGUAAUUCUUGUUGAACAUGGUCUUACAUUGGAAAAGAAGAGUGGUUUCUAUAUGGAUAACUGUGGAGUAAAUGCAGCUGGUAAUGUAGUGAAUUUCAUUUCCUCCGAUCUGAAUAUUUUGGAUAGAUCAGUCUUCUCAUUACGUAAUAACUCAUGGAGGGUGAAGUCUGAAGGUACUGGUAAUGCAUGGGAGUGUAACAAAAUUGCCCUGAAAGGAGGUAGUGUGCUGGAGAUGACAGGGAAUACGAUGAGCUUACAAAAGUCUGUUAUUAAUAUGGACUUACUAAAGGUAGAGGGAAACAGUUGGUUGUUGCAGCGUGAAAAUGAAUUCCAGUGUGAAUACGUUUUUAAGGCGGAGAAAGUGGAAUUUGCAGAGAAAAAUGUGUGGUCCGUGAUUCGCAACAAAUUUUGGAAACCCUCUCUUUCGAGGUAUGGUGGGGCAGACAUGUGGAAUCAACCCAUAUCUAACAAUUAUCAAGAUCUAACUGUGUAUGGUGUGUGCAACUACCGCUUUGGGGAACCUGUUUUGGAUUACACUAGGCUAAGUAUGCCGAAAACUGUGCAAAAGGUGGAAUGUAACACUUGUUCGGCUUCUGCUGAAUGCUUUAAUGGUAAAGCGGCCUCUAGUGAUAAUACUAAUGCAUCUAAUAAGGGUGGGUGUAAGUGCAAAUGUGCUUCUGGUGGUCACGGUGAUUUCUGUUUACCAGUUGCUCCACCUAAAAGUCUGGGUCCGUUGCCACCACCUGAAGUAGGGGCUACUGAUAUCCCGUGUGUCUACGGUGGUAAUAUAAGCAGCAUUACUUCCCCCGUAUUGGGUACAUCUGGAAUGUGCUUUAUUGGUGUACAUUUCACCUCUCCUAUUGUUAUUGAUUUGAGUGAAUUCAGACCCAAACGGAAGACUAUUAAUAUUACUUUUGUACAGUGCACAAUGUCAAGUGUGUCACUUACUGGAGUUAAGGAUUAUGCAGUACAUAUGAAUAUGCGUGCAUCUACAAUCACGGAUGGUAAACUUGUUCUUGGUGGGAAAUUUGGGUCAGAGUCUCAUAUUCAGCUUGUAGACUCUAUUAUUGAUACCACAGAUGCUGAAGGAUUUGUGAUGGAGUCGAAAACGGUAUUGGGUUCAAAUUCAAAAAUCCUAUUACUCCGCACCAAUAUUAUUGCAGGAAAGCAUGCUAUCUAUUUCAAUAAUGAUUUUGCUCUUGAUGCAAAUGGAUUUAUUGUGCAGAACUCUCGAUUGGAGGCGACAGUACCACAAUCUACUGCAUCUGCUGGUCUUUAUGUUAACACCCUCCAAAUUAAAAACAGUGGUUACUUAAGUAUUGUGAAUACAGAGAUAAUUGCCGGAAGUGGAGUUUUGUUAGCAUAUGGGGGUGCCAUAAGUUCUUCUGGACGACUUGUAUUGGUAGGCAACACUCUAAAAGGACACGGAAAAAUCACUGGUACUGCCCUUUUAUAUAGGGGAAGUGGUGUAAAGUUAUCUGGUGGAUCAAUAAUACGGGUUAUGCUGAACCGGGUGAAGGGUACAUCGAUUUAUCAGGCGAAACCCGAAUAUUCUGGAACUCUUGAACUUUCUGGGGAAGGCACGGCUGUUAUUUUCUCAGAGAAUGUUAUGGAAGGUGAUGUACCGGCAUUUCUCACUGUCAAAACUAGUCUGACUUCACAAGGAAAGAUUGUGGGUGGCUGUAAUAAGAAGAAUGGAAAGGUUGUGUCACUAAAAGAACAGUUUGAGAAUUCGACGGUGACAGAGUUUAAUUGUGAUGCUUGUAGUGAAGAUGUGAAAUGCCACAUGCCUGGUAAAAAUGAAUUGACAAAGAGUAGCUCAUGUUCGUGCAGCCGUAAUGGUAAAAGUGGGAAUAAUCAGCAGUGUCCAUCAUGUCUUCCUUAUGAGGUGCCUGAAAUCGAUGUUAUGAACACUCUGAAGAAACCAGUCGACAGUGGCACCACCUGUGUCGAGAACCAGAUAUUGACGGAAUUAUCACUAAAUAUGCAAAAGACGCAUCACUGCUAUAUUGGUGUUACGUUCAGUGGUGAAAAGGCAGUGGCAAAGUUUGUGUUUGGACGAAUGCCCUUGCAGAAACCCAUAAAUAUUACAUUUACUGGAUGUACAUUCCUUGGUGGAGCUGCACUACACUUUGUGGGUAGCCGUGAUCCAGUUAAUUCUGCUGGAGUAUGGAUUCGAGUGAGAAAAACUGUACUAUUAUCUUCUGUUGUCUCCUUUUCCAACGCUCUUCCAAAGGGUUCUGAUAUCGCUGUCAGAGAAGUAGACUCAGUACAGACUUCUUGGGUAAAAACGCCUGAUGGUAUCUCGAACGCAUUGUCUAUUGUGGCAAUGAAAGAUCUGCUUUUAUCAGGCUCGUCUAUACUUUUGGUAAGUGACAUUUAUGCCCGUCACAAAGGGACCAGCAAAUAUAUUUUGAACUCUGGGGAUGGUAUACUUGCAGGUGAUUCACUAACACUACUGGAUGAAAGUUCAUUGUACGUGCAGAACUGUAGAUUUUCACGUUUCGAACACAUGAUAAAACUUAACGGCCAAGUUAAUAUUGAUGAACGCUCCGUUAUGGCAUUCCUCGAGAAUAAACUACUCUCUGGAAAAUAUCUUAUGUUCAGUAAAGAGGUGAUGAUCAAUGAUCGAAGCGUUUUCCGCAUGGUAGAAAACAGUAAUUUGGAUGGUAAAGGCGUGUACAUGUACAAAAAUUGGGACCUGCAUAAUUCAAGCUGGGUGGACUGGCGUGGAAAUGAUGUUUCUAUAGGGGAACUAGUGCAUGUUGUGUCUAAAGCUGGUGUGAACAUUGACAGUAACAGUAUGUUGACAUUUAUAGGCAAGAGGAAGGAAUCUAAGGGUGCCUCAGCACCACUACUGAAGAGUAAGCAAGAAGGAUACAAGUUUAUUUCAGGCUGUUUGACGCUACCGAAAGAUACGGAAGGUUCUAAUUCCAAUAAUGUAACCGAUCAGGUGGAAUGUGAUCGUUGCGUAGAUCAAGGUCACUGCUUCGCUCCCUUUACCAGUUCUUCUAAUGACUGCUCUUGUAAGUGUACGGAUGGUGGUCAUGGCGAUGUGUGCGUUCCGGGGCGUGUGGCAGUUCCACUGCUCCCACCACCGCUGCCAUCACCACCUGCACCUGGUGAGUGCAUGAGUAAUGUGAAAUACCCAGAGGUAUCGCAGACAUUAGGCAAUGGACUUUCUUCAUUGUGUUACCGCAAUGUGACCUUUAGUGGAGCCUUCACGCGGAUCACAGUGGAUCUCAGGGCAAUGACAGGUGACGUUGUGAAUAUCACAUUUGAUGGGUGUAAAUGGUUAAGUGGAGCUGCACUUGUUCUUCGGGGAGGCAGUGAGAAUGAGAAAGGCAGAGAGACUUCAGCUAGAUCAAUCAAUAUUGCCAUCACUGGUAACACAUUCCAUGAGGGUAUGCUAAGUCCCUUUGGUUCAUUUCCUCCUCGUACUAACAUCAUUGUCAGUGGGAGUCACUUCAACGUGACGCGAAUUAUUGCCGUACCGGAUAUGAUGUCUGUUCAGCGAUCAUGCAUUAUGACAAAAGGGUUGAAGCUCAAUGAUCACUCUUCCCUUAAACUAAUAGACAAUUCGUUCAUUGUUUCUAAUAAGGAGUCUACCGUUAUGUUUGUUGGCACUAGUGGUAUGACUGUGAAGUCACAUUCAAUGUUCGCAAUGGUAGGAAACAAGUUCACUUUCACCGAUGAUGGAAGUGCAGUUCUCCGUGUAAUGGGUGACGAAGUUAAAAAAGGACUUGAAGUACAGGACAACUCAGUUUUUGCAAUCGAAAAAAGUCUUGUAUCAGGCAUUUUGGAGGACUUUGUCUUUUUAUCUGUUCUUCACGCUAAGGAAAAAUCUGCAUUCUUGGUAGAGAACAAUGACGGUCUCAUGGUGACGAACAUUCUCAAAAUUAAGGAAGAUAUGAAUCUGAAUGACUCGUGGCUACGAAUGCACAAGAACGCCGCUUAUAAUUUGUCAGCUACUGUAUUCCGUGUUGAUUCUACCGUUGAAAUGGCAGGCUCUAAAGUAGUAUUAUCUGGAAAUAGUGUGUCACCUGUAAUGAGUAAAACUACUCCUGCCAUUGUCGCGCUCAAGUCAUACAGAAAUCACAAAUUUGAGAGAGAUUCGUCCUUGAUUUUCGCUUGUAACGUCCUCAAUAGGAAAGUAGUGACCGAAUACAAUGAUAAGCCCACAAAUGCCAGCGUGAAUAUAGUUGGUUGUGAUGGUUCUUGCAGUCUUGAGGGAUCCUGCUUUCCUGCUCUCAGCGCAUCCAUUUCGGCUUCUAAUUGUGCCUGUGAAUGCACUAACGGAGGUCACGGUGAUCGUUGCUUACCUGUCCAUGUUCCCAAACUACCAGAUGAGGAUCCUUGUGUACGUAACAUCAACGUAUCAUGGGAGGUUCAUGCUGGCUUCAGGAAGUCGUCCGUUUGUUAUGUGGGAGUAACUUUCACUCAGGACGUCGUGCUGGACCUGACGACAAUGUCAGGCACUGUGCGUAACGUGACACUAAAGAACUGCAAAAUGGUUGGUAACGCAAGCUUGUACAUUGUAGGUUGGGAGUCUGAACUGCCUGCUGGUCAGCGUGUAGAGGUGUUAAUCAGUGGACUUGAGUCGCGCUCUGGCGGUGGUGUGCUGCUGGCGAAGAAUUAUCCACAAGGUUCGCACAUCACUGUGGUGGACUCCGUACUGGUCGCGGAGACGCCUGUUAACUACAGCGGCAGCUACGAUCUUCUGAAAGCAUCUGCAUGCCUUGUGCUGUACAAGUUGGGUUUGACGGGUAGUGUGCUGACGAUUGCACGUACACAGGUAAUUACGACGUUAAAUGAUGUUCGCGGUGUACUUGUGACGGGUGGAGUGACCCUGUCCUCUGGCAGUGCGUUGUACAUGCAGCAGUUGUGGGUGCAGGCGGCGUUGGGUGAGUGCGUAUCAGUAGUGGGCAGUGUAACGGCCCGCAGUAAUUCCGUAUUGGCGUUUGUCGAUAGUGACUUCUUGUCGUGCAGUCACGCGGUGUCUAUGCAGGACCCUUUGACUGUGGCCGGCUCCGUUGUGAAGUUUGUGCGCAAUGACUUUGUACUUCCCAGUGAUCAUGCUGUGAAGUUUCAUUCACCGCUCAGUUUCACGGAGGGAUCAAUGCUGCUGAUGAAAGCCAACACACACGACAACAGCGAGAAGGAAAUGGUGAUGGUUGCUGGUACCGUGACGGCUGGCGAAAGUAUACUGAGUUUCGUACGCAAUCAAGUACUCUCCCCACGUAUGCUCUCUGCGAAAAUCGAGACUAACGCAGGAGCUCACCUGAAAGUCUCUUGCAACACUGUUGGUGGGAAUAAACUAACGAAGGCAACCGAGUACGCUGCGGCUGGAUUUGGCAAUGCUGCACAAAUCAAUGUUUUUGGAUGUGAGACAUGCGACAAGGACACCUACUGUUACCCAUCUGGUGCAGUGUCCAGCGCUGAGGAGAAUGGUGACUGUGUGUGUAAAUGCCGCAGAGAUAGUUAUGGUGAAGUUUGUCUGCCUGUGGAAAGCAUCACAUUGCCGCCCGUUUCAAAACCCCUGAAAUCAUCAGCCUUUGCCCUUGAGAAUACAACCGUACAGUCACCGUUAGUGGUGACAAGAGAUGUGAAGGAGGUAACACUACGCAACUUGGUAAUGGAGGGUGUACAGACGGUACUCUAUGUACCAUGGAUGGCAAAAGAUAAUAUACGGAUUUUCUUGCAAAAUAUCUCAUUACGCAACGGUGCUGUACUU